UUCACGGUCUGCCCCGAGACAGACUGGAGAGAAUGGCUGCCAGUGGAGAGGUUGGGAAGCUGUUACAAGUACAAAAUGGGACGCCUCCAUGCACCAACUAUAAUGGGGUAGAUGCCGUUCAUGCCUGUAACAUCCUUCAGCAGCUCAAAGCCUUGUACGAUGAAGCACAGCUCACAGACAUAGUUGUAGAAGUGGACCAUGGCAAGACGUUUUCAUGCCACCGAAACGUCCUCGCUGCCAUCAGCCCCUACUUUAGGUCCAUGUUCACCAGCGGCCUUACGGAGAGCAGCCAGCGCGAAGUCCGGAUAGUCGGGGUUGAAUCUGAGUCCAUGCACCUCGUCCUGGACUAUGCCUACACUUCCAGGGUCACGCUCUCAGAGUCCAACGUUCAGGCCUUGUUCACGGCAGCCAGCAUUUUCCAGAUCCCUCCUCUGCAGGACCAGUGUGCACAGUUCAUGAUCAGCCGACUCGACCCGCAGAACUGCAUAGGGGUGUUCAUGUUUGCAGAUGCCUAUGGGCACCAAGAGCUGAGGGAGCGAUCACAGGACUAUAUACGCAAGAAGUUCCUGUGUGUCUCACGGGAGCAGGAGUUUCUCCAGAUGACCAAAGAACAGCUGGUCAGUAUUCUAAACAACGAUGACCUAAAUGUGGAGAAGGAGGAACACGUCUAUGAGAGCAUCAUCCGGUGGCUGGAGCACGAUCCCCUGGGUCGUGAGGUCCACCUGGCCGAAGUCUUUUACCAGUGCAUCCGACUGCCGUUGCUCGACGAUGGUUUCCUUAGCCGCAUACCCGCUCCCGUCGCCUGUGCUCUGUCCCUGUCGAAGGACCCUGCUGACGUCAAGUCUCGCCUCACCGGCACCAAUGGGUGCCCCCAGCGCCUGGGAAUGACGGCCUCAGAGAUGGUCAUCUGCUUCGAUGCCGCUCACAAACACUCAGGGAAGAAGCAGACGGUGCCUUGUCUUGACACAGCCACAGGGAGAGUGUUUAAGCUCUGCAAGCCCCCCAAUGACCUCAGAGAGGUCGGCAUCUUGGUCUCCUCGGAGAACGACAUCUUCAUCGCAGGCGGCUACCGACCAAGCAACAGCGAGGUCUCCAUCGACCACCGCGCUGAGAGUGACUUCUGGCAGUACGAGCACGCUGGAAACCGCUGGCUGCCUCGCGCCCCUCUACUGAGAGCCAGAAUAGGCUGCAGACUGGUCCACUGCUGCGGGAAGCUUUUUGCACUCGGCGGCCGGGUGUAUGAGGGGGACGGGCGCAACGCGCUGAAGUCGGUCGAGUGUUACGACGCGAGGGACAACUGUUGGACGGCGGUCAGUCCGAUGCCCGUGGCCAUGGAGUUCCACAGUGCUGUGGAGUACAGAGACCGAAUCUACGUCCUCCAAGGUGAAUAUUUCUUCUGCUACGACCCCCGUAAGGACUAUUGGAGCCACCUGGCCCCCAUGAGCGUCCCCCGCAGCCAGGGCCUGUCCGCCCUGCACAGGAACUGCAUUUACUACAUCGCCGGCAUCUGCAGGAACCACCAGCGCACGUUCACCGUGGAGGUGUACGACAUUGAGAGGAACGCGUGGAGCCGCAAGCGAGACCUGCCCUUCGACCAGGCCACCAGCCCCUACAUCAAGGCCAUGCUGCUGCAGGGCAAGCUGCACCUCUUCGUCCGGGCCACGCAGGUCAUGGUGGAGGAGCACGUGUUCCGCACCAGCCGCAAGAACUCUCUUUACCAGUACGACGACGACGCUGACAUAUGGACCAAAGUCUACGAGACGCCAGACCGCCUCUGGGAUUUAGGGCGCCAUUUUGAAUGUGUGGUGGCCAAACUCUACCCGCAGUGUCUCCAGAAGGUUCUUUGAUGCCAUGUGCCUGGUGUUGCCUUGUGUUCCCACCACAAGGAGCAUUUUAGUGGUAAAGUCUUAAGUUCUAUACGAUCAAACGGGGGUGCUUGGAAGGACUGCAGUAUUUUCUUUGGGCGGCAACAACUCCCCACACUGACGCUUGCUUGAAAAACCCUUCAGUGAAUCAUAAGUGCAAUUAUACUAUUUGUCUUUUUGUUGAGCCAUGCUGUUAACUGGUCGGGUGAUUCUCACAAACAUUUAGCAUGCGUGUGUGUGUGUGUGUCGGGGUGGGCGAGCGGGAGUGCGCGUUCCCCUUGGCAGAUACAGAUGCUGCAUGUCAGCAUAAAGUGAAAUCUAUAUAGGAAAUAGGUCUAUAAACGAUAUAUUCAUACGGGUAACUGGUGGAAUCAGAGGAGGUUGUCGGCCAAAUUCAAGGAUUUCUACAGCAGCUGGGUUUUAUUCAGAGUGCAAGUGAAUUUUUUGUCACCGUUUUUGCUUAUGUGAUGCUUUUAAGUUGCCGCUGUUCCUUCACAAGUGUCAAACAACUACACUACACUUUAAGCUGUUUUAAAGUUGAGCUGGGGAGGGUGUCAGACACUUCUGCUCCGAGUCCAUUUGUGUUACAUGCGAAGACAACUUCAAUGAUAUGUCAGGUUUAGUUCUCCACAUUGGAGUCAUGCAGGCGUGCGGCAACACUAGCGAGGAAGUUGAGACCAACCGACAGUUUUACCUCAGAAUUCAUUGAUAAGGACAAAAGGGACGUUUCAGCUGGUGGUGGAGCGCCGCCGUGACUUCUCGGAUGAGUCGUGGUAGCAAUAAUUCCCAUCGUGUUGUCGCUCUACCGGUGCAGUCUGAGUGGGUGGUGUGUGUCUGUAGCCGAUUCAGUCAGCCUGGGAAAUGAGCUAUUGUUGAAACUGAAUCUAAAAUGUCUUUGUGCAAUCACUAUCCUCCGUCAGCGCAGCGCGUUACAUGUCGUAACUUUUACCUCAUUUCAAACUCUUGAGUGAUUUUAAUAUUUUUGUGUUCACCCGGACUUGUUUUCCAAUCGGUGCUGUAGCGUGUCUUAACGCUGAACCGCUCCCCUCCCCCCCACCUCCUUCACGUCACCUGGAAGCACCGGGACGGACGCUGACGGUGCUGCUUUUCAAACGCUUACUUUCCGACAAUCUCGUGUAGAUGGCAGCACUCGUGCGGCACCUGGUGACCUUGGCAACACCGCCGCCGCCGCCACCUCCUCGCAGCAGCCGUCAUCUUUGCACUAAAGCUUUUCAGUUUGUAGUCCACACCGCAGCACGUGUCCACAACUCUUCAACUGAUGUUUUUAACUGAACAGUGAUCUGAUAAACACUUGUCAAUCAAGGGGACGGGGGGGACAGAUAACAGUCAGCAGCAGAGAACUCAGGAUUCUACUGAAACACACAGUACUGUAUUUAAAGUUUGUGUAACAUACUGUACUAUAGGUUUGCUGUUCUUGCACAGUUCAUUUUUCGUUUAUAACUUGAAUAAUAGAUGUGAUUUUUUUUUCUUCUUUUUUUUUUCCUUUUUGUCAUUUAUUUAGUUAGAAUGUUCCUGCUACGUCGAGUGAUUUUAUUUUUAUGCUUGGGUAGUAUUGACUUUCUCACAGGCCGAUGCAUUACGAGUCAACAAGCUAAAUAACACAUGCUAUAGAACAAACAUCUCUCAUCCGCUCUUGUUUUUGUGUCUCUUAUUUUUACUUUGCAAUUUUAUUUUCUGUUUGUCGGGGGGAGGGGGAGGGAGGGCUGCAGGU